CGAGAGAGAUUAAGUAUCUGUCGGUAAUUUACCAUCACAUUACUCUGUAGAUAAUUUCUAUAAAAACAAAAUUUUGAAAUAAUUAUGCAAUUGGUGCUACUGUAUUGUUACACCAUUAUCAUUUGAUCCCGGGUGGUUCGAAUCUUAACCUAUAUUAUUUGCGCAGCAACAUUGUUUUUAUAGAUUAAUCUAAAUAAAAUAACAUACAUUGAAAGUAUAAUAAUCAUAAGUAAAUUUAUUGUGUAAUGAAAGUAUUCCAUCAUUAAAAUGCCGAAAAUAGUCGAUUCCUCAAGAAAAAAAGACAUAGAAAAUGGAGUUCACGAAAACGGCCUUGAUAAAAGUAUUGUAAACAGAUGUGAAAUGAUACUGUCUAUGGAAGAUGUAGUUUCGACUGAUGAAACGUAUAUUCUAGAACUCUGUGGAACUCAAAAUGAACCAGAGUUUCGAGUUUGUGCAGCACUUUCUGAUUAUUCUUGUAUUGUCUAUAAUGUCGGUGAAACUUUAUCAAAGUUUAUAACAUUAAAUCAUAAUUCUUCACCAAUUGUCGGAGUCAAAUUCAGUCCACAUUCAAAAAAUAUCUUAUAUACUGCCACAAAGUAUGGAUUUAUUACAGUUUGUGAUUUAAGAGCUAAAGGAAAAAUAAUUGCGGAAUUGAAAGAUAAUUCAAGUGAGGGUAAGCUCAAACCAUUAGCAAGUUUCGACAUCAGUUGCGAUGAUAGACUUGUUGCUGCUGGAACAGAACAUGUGGGUGGUGAUGCGUUUAUUUUAUUCUGGGACAUCAGAUAUAACAACUCCAAACCUGAUAGUAAAAACAAUUUACUUGGAGGAUAUUGGGAAUCACACAUGGAUGAUGUGACAUCUUUACAAUUUCAUUCCACAAAAGGAGACAUUCUUGCAUCUGGUAGUACGGAUGGUUUGAUAAAUGUUUUCGAUUUAACGCAAUCUUCCGAAGAUUUAGCAUUGAAUUAUUCACUUAAUACUGAGUCUUCAGUGGAUAGAGUUGGUUGGUUAGAGGAUGGUAACAUUUGGUGUACCACUCAUACACAUUCAUUACAACUGUGGAAAUGUGAAGAUGCAUCACCAUUCAUAAAAUAUAAUCGCAAUUGUAUUGCUCAUUUCUUAAAUGAAGAUCAAGACAAUUGUUAUUUAGUUAAAAUGCAUAAAGCAGAAUCAAGCGAUUUUUCAUUCUUAUUAACAGGCUCCAAUUCAAUAAAAGGAGAAAAUUUAACUGGAGUAAUAGUAGAUAAAAAUGAAUUGGAAGUGUGUUAUGACUUUAAUGGAAAUAAACAGAUUGUACGUGAUAGCUGGCGUCAUAUUAAGAGUGAAAUAUUAGUAACUGGCGGUGAAAGUGGGAUAUUAAAUUUGUGGAAACCAAACGAAUCAUCAAUGAUUUCGAGGCCUAUAGACCGAAAGUUAAUGACAAAAUCAAAUAGUAAAGUUCGUGAUAAACAACAUAGAACUAAACCAUAUUACUGCUGA